AUGGCGGACGCCUCACUACACCGCGUCCACACCGUCAACGAGCACUUCACAGCCAAAGCUGAUAUCCUCAAUGAUGGCCGCGUCAACAUCCACCUCACUGAGGCCUCGAAGUUGGCAAAGUAUUUCGAGCGGACGACGAAGCUCCGGAGAGGCCGGGAUCCCGUUGGAGUUGAACUCACCAAGAACAACAAGAAAUAUGUCUCUAAUUUUCACUCCGUUAUGGGAAAUUUUAAUGGACUACCGCGCAUGAACAUCGCAGUCCACAUCGUGGGAUCAAGAGGUGACGUCCAGCCGUUUAUUGCCAUCGGGAAGGUGUUGAAGGAAAAGUACGGCCACCGAGUCAGAAUUUGCACCCAUCCCGUUUUCAAGACCUUUGUGGAGGAGAAUGGGUUGGAGUUCUUCUCCAUUGGAGGUGACCCGGCGACGUUAAUGGCGUAUAUGGUUAAGAAUCCCGGGUUGAUGCCGGGCAUCGAGAGUCUGAAGGCUGGAGAUGUGGGAAAGAGACGGGCGGAUAUCGCGGAGAUUUUGGAGGGCACUUGGAGGGGGUGUAUUGAGCCUGGAGAUGGGUUGGGUUCGGAGAAGGUAGGACCUCCGUUAACGAGAGAGGAGGAGGUGGAUAGGUUAUUCAUUGCGGAUGCGAUCAUUGCAAACCCGCCGAGCUACGGACAUAUUCAUUGCGCGGAGAAGCUGGGGAUUCCCCUGCACAUGAUGUUCACCAUGCCGUGGUCGCCUACUCAACACUUUCCUCACCCGCUGGCAUCAAUGGACAGAAACGAAGCCGAUCCAAAUUUUGGCAACUACAUUUCAUAUACGAUGAUGGAACUUCUAGCCUGGCAAGGGCUUGGAGACGUCAUCAACGGCUUCCGGAUGAAGACAUUAAAUUUAGACCCAAUAAGUCCGCUCUGGGGACACAUGCUUCUCUCUAGGAUGAAAGUUCCGUUCACAUAUGCCUGGUCAUCGGCAUUAAUAUCCAAACCAUCGGAUUGGGGAUCCCACAUCAACAUCAGUGGCUUCUCUUUCCUCAAUCAAGCUUCGUCUUACACACCACCCGAAGACCUCAUGGCAUUCCUAAACGCCGGGGCACCACCUGUUUACAUCGGGUUCGGAUCGAUCGUCGUCGACCACCCCGACGAACUUACCAAAAUGAUCUUCGCGGCUGUGAAGCAAGCUGGUGUACGAGCACUCGUGUCGAAAGGCUGGGGUGGACUUGGAAGUGAUAUAGAAGUACCAGAAGGGAUAUUUCUACUCGGAAAUGUCCCUCAUGAUUGGCUUUUUCAAUAUGUCUCAGCUGUCGUUCACCAUGGAGGAGCUGGAACGACUGCGAUUGGAAUCGCUAUGGGGAAGCCAACAGUCGUCGUUCCAUUCUUUGGAGAUCAACCAUUCUGGGGUGCCAUGGUUCACAAAGCGGGAGCUGGACCGGAACCUGUACCGUUCAAGAGGAUGACAGAAGAGACUCUUGCAGAAAGUAUCACCAUUGCCCUAGGACCUGACGUGCAAGCAGCAGUGAAAGAAAUGGCCAAAAAGAUUACGAACGAGAAUGGCGCAGAACAGGCUGCUCUUUCCUUCCACAACAUGGUCAACAUCGACUCUAUGCGGUGUUUGAUUUUACCUGACCGAAUAGCUGACUGGCGGAUCAAGAACACCAAUAUACGGCUCAGCACACUUGCAGCAUCUGUCCUCAUCGACAAUGGAAUAUCCAGUCUCGAACGCAUGAAGCUUGUCAAACAUCGAGACUGGUACGUCGACGAAGGCGCUGGAGAUCCAGUGCUGGGUGCCAUAGCCGUAGCAUCAGGCGCCGUCACCGGUGCAGUCACGGCCGUAGCCUCCUACUCCCGCAACUUGUCCAAAACAAUCCGCAAACGCCCCGCCGGAGACUCGGCUUCCUCGAGCUCCAACGAAAGUCCCCCGGUGCUGGCAUACACCGCCUCCCUCGACUGCGUCUACAGCCAUAACCCCGUCACCCGCGCGAACGAGAACUACAGUGAGCAGCGCGUCGAGAACCUCGCCUUCAAAAUGGCCGCCAAAACCCUCCCAAACUACACGGAUAAAUCGAAACACAGGAAAACUCACUCUUGGUCCCCGGUUCAUAGGACUUAUACGGGCUCGAGUCAUUAUUCUACUCCGAGCCGUGAGCAUGGGCGAGUCCACGACGCAACGCUGGAGACGGGCCAUUUCGCGCAAUCGAUGGUCGUGACUGGUUUGCGUGUCCCAGUGUCGUUCUUUUACAACCUUGCGAAUGGCUUCCACAACGCGCCUUGGGUCCUCCUGAAUGACGACACCGUCCGUCGUCGCGACAACAUCACGGGUCUCGGGUCCGGCGUCAAGGUCGCCUCUAAGGAAGUAGUUUUCGGUCUCUUUGAUGGCGUGACAGGCCUUGUUACGCAACCCUACUACGGUACGAAGAAAGAUGGCGUGGUUGGUUUUGGCAAGGGUAUUGGGAAGGGUGUAGGAGGGUUGGUGUUCAAGACCAGCGCUGCGGCGUUUGGUGUCACGGGGUACACAUUGAAAGGCGUGGAAAAGCAGUUUGAGAAGCGGUAUUCAAGAGGGUUGAAAGCAAAUCUGAUUGCGCAGCGCUUGAAGCAGGGGCUUAGACAUUUUGGAAUGGCGACGAAGGAGGAAAAAGACGAGAUUUUAAAGAGGUGGGGAGAGUUGGGGCUUACAGUCUAA